AUGUCAGAAUCAAAAGAAAAUACUGAGUCAAUCAUUCUCAAACUCAACAAACAAGCCAUGGAGUCCCUUCGGGAUAAAAAUUACGAGCAAGCUCAUUUCCAAUUAAUCAAAGCCAAGGAAAAAUUAGAAAAGCUAGAUGAUGCUCCUAAGUACAACCAGCUUUGAUCAAUCACAUUAAAUAAUUUCGGAUGCUAUUUCAAAAGAAUUGGGCAACUGCCAGAAGCCCUCAACUAUUUAACCAUUGCAUUAGAAAAAGAAAACCGUUUUUCUCAUGAUGUGGCUAAUCUUGCAGGGACCCAUUUGAAUAUGUCUGCAAUUCUCUCUCAGCUUGGCAGCCACGACAAAGCCUUAUCUCAUGCAGUGAAAGCUUUGAAAGCUCUAAACACACAAAAUGACAAAAAGACCAACCAUUGAGUUUCUGUAGCAAUCGCAUAUCAUAGUAUGGGCUUGGAGUACGAUUAUCUUUCACAGAGAAUGGAGUCGCUAAAAGCAUAUAGGACAGGCUGGGAGCUUGCAAAAAAUCACCUUGGGGAGUCGCAUCAGCUUACAAUUAGUUUGAAACGAAGCUGCCUUGCAGAAACUGAGCAUGCGCAGUCAUUAGAUAGUGUGAUGGUAAAAAGAAAGAAAAAUAGCAGCAGGAAUUCAUCGUCACCCAGAACUGAUCAAUUUACACCUCGAAAGAGAGGAAACAAAAAAGUGCCACAUUCAGUCCCUGCGAAAAAGAGUCUGGAAUUUCUACCACGAAUCAACACUUCAUGAUCAAAUAGUAAAAGAAAUAGUAAGAAACUUGUAUAUUACAAAGAAAAUUCAUUUGACUCAGAAAUGAGCAAAUAUUGGAACUUUGAGCCUGAGCUUCAAGCUCGUCCCACAUUUACUGCUCCCUUAUAUCGGCCACUAGUGACUCCUCCAUUGGUUCCUCCAAUUAGCUGUAAUUCAUUUACUCCUCCUUCCUUAAGCGAACAAAAAUAAAUUUGUCCUCUAAUGGAAGGAUUAUAUAAAUUUAUAAUAAAUUUUUUUAAAAAAUUUAAAAAAUCCCAUAUUCGAAAUAAUUUUAAAGCAAAAUUUAAUUUAAUUUGCUAAAAUUUAUUAAUUAAACAUAAUUAGCUAGAGAUUUCAUUAUAAUACUUAUCACCAAUAUAUCAAUAAUUUUUUCAUGAAAAAAUUGAUAUUAAAAACGGAUUUUUCCAAUGGUUUUGCUCGCUCACGAAGGGGAGGGAGCUAGAAAAAGAAAAUAUGAAGCUUUAAGCUUAAUAGAGAACGAGCUGAGAAAUAGCUCUGAAGAUACAAACUCCACUACAAUUUACUCAAAAUCAACAUCGAGCUCAGUAGAUUAUCAAAAGCCAUCAGUUGGAAUUCAAGCUGAUUUAAAUAAAGAAUGAAGCCACGAGAACUAUAAAAUGCAUCAGUCAAAAGCUGCAAUUGCAAUCCAAAGAACGUGGAGAAAAUAUAAAGCCUUAAAAAAAAUCAAACUAAGAAUUUUCAACAGGAAAAUCCAAAGCGCCCAAAUUAAAGCUCAAAGAGCAAUGGAUGAGCUUGAAAAUCUCAGGAGAGAAAAACAAAAAGUUGUAAUAAAGCAGGAAAUGAGGAAAUAUAAGCAGCUGAUACCUAUUCCAUUUAAAAGUAAAACAAAUUUAUAUUGCAAAGAUAUGAGGGUGCUGCAGACAAUACCAGAGUCAAGGCUGGAAGACCAAAAUGAAAGUAUAAAAAUGAUUCAAGCCUAUAUAAGAAUGUGGCUGGCAAGGAAAAGAUAUUUAAGAAUAAAAAAAUCAGCUAUUAUCAUUCAGAAAAAUGUAAGAAGGUAUCAAAUACAGAGCUUAUAUAAAGCAGUUCUUGGAGCUGCUAUUUUUAUACAGUCUGUUUUCAGAGGAUUUAGAACAAGAAAGCUCUAUAAGUUUCUGAUAAGUUAA